AUGAGUCAGAAACAGCUCAAUCAGGAACUGUCUCGAAAGGAUAAGAGAAGACAUAACAUCGAGUCCAAAGUGGGCAAGAUACAGCAUAGUUUCGUUAUAGACAAGGAUAUUCAUUAUAAGAACCGCCUAACUGCUUUGCAGACCAAUUUGACCACUUUGCAUCAAGGCAAUAAUUGGUCCUAUUUGCGCAAACUACGUGAUUUAGAGGAGUCGCGAGACUUGGAACUCGUUAGACUGCGUCUUUUCGAGGAGUACAGAGUUUCCCGGUCAAGUAUUGAGUUUCAGGAGGAUAUUGAGACCGCCAGACAAGAGCAUGAAAGACUGGUGAAGUUGUGCAAAGAGAAAUUGUAUGAAACCAUUGAGCAAAAGAUUAAGCAGUUACAAGAGGAUAGACUGCUCAUGGACGUAGCCAAUGCUCACUCGUAUGCAAUGGAUUAUAACAGGACAAAAUAUCAGAAAUACACAAGAAGUCAUACGACCAGUGGAUGGGAAUCAUCAUCGAAUGAACUUAACAGAGACUCCCCUAGUGAGAGUGCUACCGACACUGGGACUGAACGCAGGUCACUGCGCAAAAGGGCAGCAACCAAGGGUGCCAAUGGACCUUCAAGAUUGGCCAAUCCUAUCGAAGAAUCCGACUUUCAAACAAACUCGUCCACCAGUGCUCUUCCACUAACAAACGGCAAUGGCCCUUCAAGACAGCCCACAACUGACAUGCGAACUGAUGCCACCUCGGACGCAGAUCUGUUCCAAAACGUCAGCGACUAUGGCGAUCUACAAGCCUUGCUAUUUGGUGAGAAGGACCAAGAUAAAGCCAAUGACAAGAAAAAACACAGAACUUCGCAGAGAUAUACAGCGAAAGCAGCUCCACCGUUACAAUCUUUAAAUCCAGACGAGGUCACCGAGGACAUAGCGUUCAUUAGGCAGCUGAGUGGUCAACCACCAGCUCCGUUUAAGAGUCGUAUUAUUGAGUGA